UAGUAAUUUGAUGCAAGAUCAUACAAUCCAUCUGCUGGAAAUCAGGUGUAACUGAAAUCCCACAUUGCUGUGACAUUGAGAAGUUGCAAAGAAAAUAAAGAGUGAAAUUUUUACUGAACAUGAGCAGUAAAAGAUUGUCACUUUACAUCGCUAACCUUCCCUGGACGGUCGGCAACCAAGAGCUCAAGAAGUACUUUUCUCAAUUUGGCAAAGUAAAGUGGCAGAACGUGAUAUUCUCCAAGCAGGACGGGUUUUCACGAGGGUUUGGAUUUGUGUCUUAUGAAUCACAAGAAGCUCUUGACAAUGUAUUUCGAAAAUCUAGACAUGUGUUGGAAGGCAACCUUUUGAAAGUUCAAACACGGGAAGUUGACAUCCCCGAAAGAGAUUGAUCAUAAAACACUCAAGUAGUUUAGGCUUACCUCCCACAGAAAUAAUUUUUAUACAAUUUUUUUUCCUAGAAUUUUAAUUCUAAAAAAUGGCCUCAUGUAGUGAUGUUGAGGAACUCUUUGCCAAAGCAACAGAGUACGUGAAACGUAUUGCUCCAACUCUUGGCUCUCAGGAUCUUUUAGAAUUUUAUGGCUA